AUGUCGACACCCACAACAUGGUCGCACUCGGCCAUCCGACCUUCAGCCCCUUCCUCCUCCGCACCAUCAUCCACCGCCCCCUCUCUCCAACCCACCACCCGCGGCAUCGACCUCGGCGGGUGGUCGGUGCGCGUGACCUCUGGCCCGAUCGGCUCGUCCGCCGAGAUGGACGCGCUCGCUGACCUCCUUGGCAUCCCACCACCCGAGAUGGCGUUUCCGCACAACUCGCUGGUCCUGCAACACGCCGCGUCGGGGUUCAGCCUUUGUUUCGACGCUGUCCGUACCUUGCGCUCCAUCGAGGGCGUCCUAGCUCAAAACAGGCUGCAUGGUGUUGACUGUCGGGAGGGUGGCGGGUCCAGUGGAAGUGGUGGGCUCGGUGCCAAGCCCAAAGGCAAGGGCACCGCGGCAGGCAUUAAGGUGGCUUAUGCAAAAGAGUGGGGAAAAAGCCGGACGGAGUUCACCGCCUCCGACACACCCUCGGAAGGAGGCUCCCAUUUUGGCACUGCUCAAGCGGACAUUACUGCCGCGAAGGAUUACGAUUGGACGUAUAGCACCACCUGGGCGGGCUCGGUGGGGGAUAUCGCGCCCCAGCCCCUGCUUCCAACGCAAAGCACCCCGACGGUCGCGCCCAACCUCCGCGCGCUCGAGCAACCAGAGAACAGGAACAAUCGGUGGACCCCAGGCACAGAUCCAGCAGCGGAUCGCAUUCCUGUCGAACGCCUAGGACCAUCAAGCGGCGAACCGAUUUUGUUCUACGACGACGUGGUGCUGUACGAGGACGAGCUGGCAGACAAUGGCAGCUCAAUCGUCAGCGUCAAGGUGCGGGUCAUGCCAAGCGGAUUCUUGGUGUUGCAACGGUUCUACCUCCGGGUGGACGACGUGGUGUUCCGGGUGUUCGAUACGAGGUUGUAUUGUGCGUUCGAGCCGACGAUGCCUCGCUCAAUGCCUGGCACGAGCCGACCUGCAGGGGUCGGUGCGCUGGGUGGACUGGGUCAACUGUCACUCGGCACACCUCGAAGAGCACCCACACAGACGAAUCACUCGGACGUCACGAUGAUCUCAACGGAAGACAAAGAGGAACCGGACGGCUUUGUGCCACGGCUGAUCCGCGAAUGCUCCGGCAGCUCAGCAUCCUACACCCUCGUCCGCUCUCACCUUCCCCCCUACAAGCCACACGACCUCUCUCCGCUGACCGACGUCAACUGGGUCAGUGCGACGCUGACCAAGAUCUCGCACGCCCAGGCGUCAGCGUACCAUGCGGGUGUUGCUUCGGGAACGCAGCUGCCGCGGUUGGGCGAGCGGGAUGCGAGUGCGGGAGCAAAGUACCUCUCCCCCACCACUCCUAGUAGGGUUGGACGGGGAGGGCUGGCAGGGUUUGCCGGCACUCGACCGGGCGAGAGGGUCGAUUUGUCCCCGGCCCAAGCACCAGGUUUGGCGGGAUCGGCGAGCAUCGUCGGCCAGAUCGAGGAGGAGGGGUACGAGGGCUGGCUGGGCAACGGCGCUAGGGUCGACAUUGCGCUGCUCACACCGCGCUAA